UUUUGUGGAAGCGUGGUUGGUUACAAGUUAGUGUUUUAGGGAACUAAGACGUGAUAUUUAAGGCCCUCUCUUGCUCAUUUGUGUUUGCGUCACAGUUUGAGAACCUCAACUUUACCCUGACGCUUCAUGAGGUUUGACUUCCUGUAUUUUCUGCAGCGAGUAGGUUUUGCGACAUUACAUUAAGUGUGCGAGGGGGACCUAACGUUCCAUUGAACUCCAAAUCAACGGUAGAAAAGGAUGAUGGCGAUGGUGACUAACCGACUUGGGUGUUUACCAGUUCUUGUUUUGCUGCUGACUUUGAGCAGUUCGGUCACGUCAAGAUCUUUUAGGAUAAAAAGGGAAAUUCGUGACAUUGUAACAUCGAUAAACAACGUCACACACAGUACAGCAACCGUAGCUCGAGAAGAGUAUGCAACCAGCACCACCGUGGAAACGUUGAAGGAUUCGAGUACGUUACAGACAGUAUCUGAUUUAAAUAUCUCUGAGACUACAGUUUACCAGCAUGCUCCAGAUAUGAACCACACCCAUCAAAACUCCACUUCAGGAACCGAGAACCUGACAGUUGACCGGACGACAAGUAACGGGAGCGCUUUUUACACCCAACUUCCCACAAUAAGUAACAGUACUGGACACAUUUCUCAUACAGGAAGUUCUGCCCCCACAUUUCCUGCAUCUCUGGAGCCUGGUAACGUAACAAGGAAGCUCAUGACAGCAGCGACCACGAGAAUGUCCACAGAUGCAAAAAAACUUACCUCAACCACCGCAAAGAAAUUGACCACAGCCACGACCCGCUCAUGUUCCACUGCCUCUUCUCAAGCGGACGGACUUGUUAGUCGUUGUCUCAUUGCCAUCGCGUCCAUGGCUGCUUUAACCACCAUCUUCAUCGUCAGUACCAUCUGCCUGGCUACCAAACUCUCCGGAUACAGAUACAGGCAUAAGGCGCAUAUUCUCCAGGAGACUGAGAUGGUUUGCAUUUCUGCCCUGAUGAACGACACCGAUCACCCGGUUCCAAAGCCAAGACGGCAUCCCAAGAGUAACGGAGCACUGAUCCCCAAUACUGAGGACGGAGAUCCUGACGGAGAUAAUCUCACUCUAAACAGCUUUCUUCCUGAUACAGAGGGCCCUCUUUAGAAAUUUAAACCCAUGCACUGAAAAACAGGAUGCAUGAUAGUAUUUCUUAUUUUUUUGCUUUUAAACAUUAAGUCGGUGCUGAGGUUUGACCCAAACCCAGCUCUAGAAUGGUUUGCACUCUCAGUUUAUCUGUGGUAGAGGUUUGAGUUUUCCCACUUAGUGAAGUUCCAGCAACCAUUUUUAUGAUUUGCAGUACAGCAAUCCACAUCUUUUUCUUUUUUUUUUUUAAAUCGGUGGAACAUUUAAAAAAGAAAUUGUGUAUAGAUGUUAUAUUUAAUCAUUUCUUUGUUGCGAUAUUGUGCUACUACGUUCCCUGAGGAGCUCAGACAUUAGUAGGGCUUGGCAGAAUGUAUUGCUGAAUAUAGUCUAUUCCUGUCUGUGGUUCAGCUAGCGCUGUAUAAUUUACUCCAACAGAGUGAUGUUGGAGAUUAUCACGGUCUGAAUAUAACGUGUUAUCAUUGCAAAUGUACAUAAAAUACAUGCUUUUACUUUUACCCAGAGAGAGUUUAGCUUUUGCAAAGAAAUGACGCUUUCUUUUUUGUGAACCUAAACCAAUUAGAUUAACCCUGCAAAAAACUAUUUAGUUUGUUUAUUUGUACCAUAGUGGGGUUGUAGGUAGUUUAGUUUUCUGCUAAUAAUAGGCUAUGUCAAUUCUAUGUGUAUGUAAAUAUUGUGCAAAAUGACAUGAAAAAGUUGUGUAGCGAUAACCCAGUUAUUGUUAGUCAGGCUAAUUUUUAUAAAUAUUAAAUAAAAAAUUAUAUGCA